GGAACCUUGUCGAGCUCAUUUCUCAUCUCACGUUGAGUGUUGAAGAGAGUCCGUCCGCUGGUUCGGAUACUAGAAGAAGUCAGGCGGAACUCGGGGUCCAUUUUCGAAGUCGGGCUGCCCCAUUCCUCUCACAUGUGCUGACACAGCCCCAGGUAUUACACGCAUCCCGUCGGGCAGCGGAGGGGAACUCUCAUUUAGCUGCUUUGGCAUAAUUUAGUAAGAAGAAGAAAAAGAAAACCAACAAGAGAGAGGAGAGAAGAUGUUAAUGAAGGAGUACAGGAUAUGUAUGCCCCUCACGGUGGAGGAGUACCGGAUCGGCCAGCUGUACAUGAUCAGCAAACACAGUCACGAGCAGAGCGACCGAGGGGAAGGGGUGGAGGUCGUCCAGAACGAACCUUUUGAAGACCCGAUUCACGGCCAAGGCCAGUUCACAGAGAAACGAGUCUACCUCAACAGUAAAUUGCCAAGCUGGGCUCGAGCAGUGGUUCCUAAAAUCUUCUAUGUCACAGAGAAAGCGUGGAACUACUACCCAUACACCGUUACAGAAUACACUUGUUCAUUCCUGCCCAAGUUCUCCAUUCACAUAGAGACGAAAUACGAGGACAACAAAGGAAGCAAUGACAAUAUCUUUGAAACUGAACUGAAGGACCAAGAGAGGGAGGUCUGCUUUGUUGACAUCGUCUAUGAUGAAAUCCCAGAGCGCUAUUAUAAAGAGUCUGAGGACCUGCGAUAUUUCAAAUCGGAGAAGACAUCGAGGGGCUUGCUGCAGGAAGGCUGGAGGGACACGCAGGAACCCAUCAUGUGCUCAUACAAACUAGUCACAGUCAAGUUUGAGGUGUGGGGUCUUCAGACUCGAGUAGAGCAGUUUGUGCACAAGGUUGUUCGAGAUGUGCUGCUGCUGGGACACAGACAGGCUUUUGCUUGGGUUGACGAGUGGAUAGACAUGACGAUGGAUGAAGUGAGAGAGUUUGAGCGCACCAUCCAGGAGGCCACCAACCAGAAGAUUGGGGUAAUCCCCCCAUCGAUCUCCAUUAGUGAGAUGCCCCUGUCCUCUUGCGCUCCCACCGGCCCCGCCAGCGCUCCCUCAACUCCAAUGUGCACCGACGCGCCCGAGUCCCUCUCCGUUCCCAAGGAUCGACCUCGCAAAAAGUCCGCCCCCGAAACUCUGACCCUUCCCGACCCUGCUCCGAGUCCGACUCCCCAGAGCUCUUCCUCAAACCAGUUAGCCACGUCUAACCACCUCCAGUCGUCCACGCCGCCUUCCAACUCUGACCUGGCUGAAAUGGGUGAGCAGUAGAACAGUGGGACGUCUUCCCUCAAACCCCUUAUUUUGCCCCCACUGUCUUAUGAGCCCAGUGAGACCAACUUUGCCUCCAAGCGCCAGUGCCCUGACAUUCAAGCUCUUUAGCCACGAUCUAUGAAUUGCCAUAAUUUAAACACGGCACCAAUCCCUCAAGAACUCAUCAGUGUCAUUGAUGCCACCAGGGCAGCUGUAGCCUCAGCCACCCCAAUGUGCUUCACUGAGCGUCUAAUCAGCCUAAUUUCACACUUAUUUCCUACAAAUACACAAACUGUUUGACAGCAAAGAUUAUAUUUGUUGAGUAGAUGUCCUUUAUGUAAAUAAAUUUUCAUUGUUUUCCUAAUUGUUUUUCCCCUCCCAAUCAAAUGAGCUGACCAUAACUUACCACUUCUUUUUUUUCAAGUAGUUGCCUUUUCACCACCGAGCCAUUGGAGAUUGAGUAAAUAUACAUAAUAUGUAUAAAUGACAUGAUUCAAUUGUAGACUUUAAGAUAAUAAAACUACAUUAGAAAUUGA